AUAAGAGAAAUAUGAAUACUAAAAGCAUUCUUCGUAUGAAUCAAGGACACGGGGAAAACAGCUACGCUAAUAAUUCAAGUCUUCAGAUGAAGGUGAUGAGCAAGGCGUUGCCCAUUGUAAAGGAUAUCAUCAAUGACAUGUUUGUCAAUAACUUAUCACUAGAGAUGUCAGAGAGUUUUAAUAUUGCAGAUCUUGGAUGUGCUUCAGGGCCUAACACUCUUCUACUUGUGACAGAAGUUAUCGAUACCAUUUACAAUUUGUCCAAUAAAAAUCUACAGAUAUUGGUCGUCUUGAACGAUCUUUACAAAAAUGAUUUCAACAGCAUAUUUACCACACUUCCGUCGUUCAACGAGAAACUAAAAGAAAAAUAUGGAUUUGAAUUUAGCCAAAAUUGUUUCAUCACUGGAGUGCCAUCAUCUUUCUAUGAGAGGUUGUUUCCAUGCAAAAGUUUGCAUUUUGUACACUCUUCUAAUAGCCUUCAUUGGCUCUCUCAGGUGCCAAAAAAUCUAGACAACAAAGGUCAUAUCUGCAUUGACAAAGCUUGUGCUCCCAAUGUGUUUGAUGCUUACAAGGAUCAAUUUUACAAUGACUUCUACACUUUUCUUAACCAUAGAUCUUGUGAAAUUGUGCCUAAUGGAAGAAUGAUACUUACAUUUAUGGGAAGGAGUUUUCCAGAUCUAUUGAACGAUGAUUCUUGUUAUCUUUAUGAAUUAUUAGCCCAAUCACUUAAUGAUAUGGCUUCUCAGGGACUCGUUAAACAAGACGAUGUUGAUUCAUUCAAUAUACCUUUGUACGCUCCUUACAAGGAUGAAGUGGAGGCAAUCAUUGUGGACGAGAAGUCUUUUCAUCUUGAAAAGAUAGAGAUAUCCCAAUUUAAUUGGGAUCCACUUGAUGACGACGACAACAACAACAAGUUUGAUCAAAUUCGAAGUGGAAUAAAUGUAGCAAAUUGCAUAAGAUCAGUUACCGAGCCUAUGUUGGUCACUCAUUUCGGGGAGUUGAUUUCUUUAAAGGAUGUGUUUAAGAUAUACGCAAAUCGAGUUGCUAAUCAUCUCAAAACAAAAAGGACAAAGGUAGUAAAUCUAACCAUUUGCCUGAGGAAGAUAUAA